UUUGGCAACACUGCUUCUCAUCAAGCUGGAAAGAUGGCGGCUGUGAGGUUAAUCCGGCAAGCACAGAGCGGCGCGCGGCGGUACUCCACGGGCCCCCUCAAGGAUGUGGUCAUUGCUAGCGCUGUCAGGACGCCCAUGGGAUCCUUCAGGUCUUCCCUGGCGUCCCUGCGUGCCCCUGAGCUGGGGGCCGUGGCAGUGAAGGCGGCGGUGGAGAGGGCCGGCAUUGACCCCAAGGCUGUGCAGGAGGUAUACAUGGGCAACGUGGUGACAGCUGGGUCAGGUCAGGCCCCCACCAGGCAGGUCACCCUCUUUGCCGGCCUUGACAAGUCCACCCCGUGCACCACUAUCAACAAGGUGUGUGCGUCAGGGAUGAAGUCGGUGAUGAUGGCAUCGCAGGCCAUCAUGUGUGGCAGCCAGGAGGUGAUGGUGGCGGGGGGCAUGGAGAGCAUGAGUCAGGUGCCAUACUACAUGCCCAGGGGUGACACAGCAUAUGGCGGGGUGAAGCUGCUGGACGGCAUAGUGUUUGACGGACUGACAGACGUGUACAACAAGAUCCACAUGGGCAACUGCGGAGAGAACACUGCAAAGAAACUCGGCAUUACUCGGGAACAGCAGGAUGAGUAUGCAUUGGAGAGCUACAGGAGGUCGGCGGAGGCGUGGAAGAGUGGAGCGAUAAAGGAGGAGAUAGUGGAGGUGACGAUAAAGGGGAAGAGAGGGAAGCCAGACACAGCAGUAGUGGAGGACGAGGAAUACAAGAAAGUGAAUUUUGAGAAGUUUAAAAAGUUGGCCACAGUUUUUCAGCGCGAGGGUGGCACAGUGACAGCCGGCAACGCAUCCACACUGAAUGACGGAGCUGCAGCGUGUGUGUUGAUGAGUGCGGCGGCAGCGGCGGCACAGGGUGUCACUCCACUGGCCAGGGUGGUGGGGUUCUGUGACGCUGCUACUGACCCCAUUGACUUCCCCAUCGCUCCAGCCCUUGCUACGCCUAAGCUGCUGGAGAUGACAGGGGUUCGGGCAGAGGAUGUGGCGCUGUGGGAGGUGAACGAGGCCUUCAGUGUGGUGGUGCUGGCCAACAUGAAGCUGUGUGACCUCGACCCAGCCAAGGUCAAUGUGCAUGGUGGCGCUGUGUCCCUCGGCCAUCCUAUUGGCAUGUCCGGGGCACGCAUUGUGGUUCAUCUGGCCCACUCCCUCAAGCCUGGCCAGAAAGGGGUGGCCUCCAUCUGCAACGGGGGAGGAGGAGCGUCUGCCAUCAUGAUAGAGAGGCUAGCCGCUCCCAGGAGUGCCAGAGGAGUGCCGACCCUCACCCUGUUCACCAAGGACUUCUGCCCGCUGUGUGAUGUGGCCCUGGAGGUUCUGGCACCGCUGAGGGCACAAUUCCACCUGGAGACUGUGGACAUUGAGGCACCAGGCAACGAGAGGUGGCUGGCACUGUACGGCACUGAAAUUCCUGUCUUCUUCUUUGAGGGACAGUACCUUAUGAAGCACCGGGCCGACCCACACCUGCUGGCACUGAAGAUUGAGGAGUGGCAUUGUUUGCAACAGUGAAGAGCGGGAGGGAAAAAAAGAGGAAGGAACAAGAGGAUUAGAAGAAAGAAGAGGAGGACUGAGAGAGUGUAUGUGUGUUUUGUGAGAGGCUGUGGGGUUCGUCAACAUACUGUGGGGGGACAUACUGUGGGGCUGUGGGCAGAGAGAGAGAGAGAGAGAGAGAGAGAGAGAGAGAGAGAGAGAGAGAGAGAGAGAGAGAGAGAGACUGACUAU